AAUAAGGAGAGAGAAAGAGAAAGACAGCAAAGAGAGAGAGAGGUGCUCUGGCUCCAGGGCUCUUCUCCCAAACGGGUUGAGGUCCCAGCUGAGGCUCUCCCAGGACAAGCGGGGGCGCCCCGCCCCCCGGGCGCCCGACGUGGACGCGGCCGCCGCCACCGCCGCCGCGCGGGAGUCGCUGUCCGCGGAUCCGACAUGCAGGCGGCUCGGGGCGGCGCGGGGCGGCCGGGCCGGCCGGGCCGGCCGGGCCGCGGGCCGGAGCGCGAGCGCGAGCGGCCGCCGGGCGCCGGGGCCGCGUCCCCCUGCGCCGCCCCGGGCCUGCCGGCCGGAGGAGCCACCAUGCACCCCGGGUCGCCGAGCGCCUGGCCGCCCCGCGCCCGCGCCGCGCUCCGCCUGUGGCUGGGCUGCGUCUGCUUCGCGCUGGUGCAGGCGGACAGUCCCUCAGCCCCAGUGAACGUCACCGUCAGGCACCUCAAGGCCAACUCUGCAGUGGUGAGCUGGGAUGUUCUGGAGGAUGAGGUUGUCAUCGGAUUUGCCAUCUCCCAGCAGAAGAAGGAUGUGCGGAUGCUGCGCUUCAUCCAGGAGGUGAACACCACCACCCGCUCGUGUGCCCUCUGGGACCUGGAGGAGGAUACAGAGUACAUAGUCCAUGUGCAGGCCAUCUCCAUUCAGGGCCAGAGCCCAGCCAGCGAGCCUGUGCUCUUCAAGACCCCGCGUGAGGCUGAGAAGAUGGCCUCCAAGAACAAAGAUGAGGUAACCAUGAAAGAGAUGGGGAGGAACCAACAGCUGCGGACAGGCGAGGUGCUGAUCAUCGUCGUGGUCCUGUUCAUGUGGGCAGGUGUCAUCGCCCUCUUCUGCCGCCAGUAUGACAUCAUCAAGGACAAUGAACCCAAUAACAACAAGGAAAAAACCAAGAGUGCAUCAGAAACCAGCACACCAGAGCACCAGGGCGGGGGGCUUCUCCGCAGCAAGUUUCCAAACAAGCCCUCAGUGAACAUCAUUGAAGCGUGACUGCCUGUCUGCAGGGAGAAGGAUUCCAUUUUUCUUCUCAGCUGGUCCCCAGGCCCACGGGCACAGGGAGAGGGACGACUGCAGCAGUGGGGAGGAGGUGCAGCUAGCUGCACAGUUCUCUCUUCUCCUUGCCCUAGUCAGAUGAAGGAGGCUGAACUACAAACCCAAAUUCUGCAAAAAAAUAAACAUAAGCCACAAAACUAAAAGGCCUGGCCCCAUUCUGGAAAAGGCAAAGCUGCAUGAGACACAGCCUUCUGCCUCGCCUCUCCUGGACUGGCUUCCUCUUUGAGAAAAUGCACAAAGCCCUGGGAGAUGACAAGCACAAGGACUGACUCAAGCUGUGUCUUUCAGACCAAGGAACAUCAGAGAAGCUGUGGGGCUGCCUGCCAGGCAGGAUCAUGGCUGCCAUCAAGCCUUUUCUGGAUCCAGCCAUCAAGAACAUGUUGUGGUGUGAUGCACACCUUUGCAAGCGUGUAAGAUGUUACCUGGUUUGUCUCUUUUGGAAAACAAAAAUCAGAAGGCCGCAUUCUAGAGGGCAGAGAAAUUCCCCCAAAGACUGAGCUGGUUGCCUGCAUCCUCUAUCUUCUUUGACCCUUAUGACUGAAAGAUCAUCAGUUUGGAAGGUUCUGGUCCAAUUUAUUUAGGAAGUAUCUCUUGGAGUUUCAGAAAUGCUAGCUUGGACAACUGAAAAGUCACAUCACAUCUGGCAUUCUGGGGGCUACUAAAACACCCCUUCUGGAGUAGAAGCUGCUGGAAGGCAGGCCUGAGCCAUUCACCACGGACAGGAAGAGCAGCCCUGGCUAUCACCACUCGCCUCUGGGGUUUUCAUAUCUUGCCAUCUCAUCCAGGGUUCCGUGAGUUACCCAGGGUCCUCAUGUCCUUCCUUAGAGCCUGAGUGGUGUGAGGUGACAGGUCUCUCUCUCUCCACUGCCCCUUUCUGGUUUAAAAAAAUGGUGCUUGAUGAGGGAAGGUAGACUCUUCCCUAGGACUGACGAGUUACGGCUGCCAGAUGCCUGCAUGGGAAGAGGUGGACCUCUGCAUCUUCCAUUGGUGGCCAAAGAUGGAUGUGGGAGAACCACACCUAGCACAAGCCUGGUACUCAGUAAAUAUUUGUUGAAAUGAAUGGUAAGAGCAUUGGUCCCCAAGCCAGAGAGCCAGAAGCCAUCACCAAAUGACCGCCCCUUCCUUCCGGUCUACAAGAGCUCUCAAGGCUGGGUCUGCCACCACUCUGCUUUGCCCAAGUGUGGCAGCACUGGGGAGGAGAGACAGGAUAAAGGGCAGAUGUCAGCAAUAUUAAGGGCUUCCUCAUGGGAGGGCAUGAGGCUCCACUCAUUGUCUUGUGACUUCCAUCCCUGCUGAAUGGGGCUGCAAGGCCAAGGCUCCUUAGGGGAGAGGUCCUUACCUCUGAUCCACUUAGAGCAAUAACCACUUUUUAAAUGUAAAAUAAAAAGACAAAUGAAAAGGCA